AAGCAGGUUUUCAUUAGCGGGUGUUUACUGUAUUGUUCUAUCAUACGGUACAUGAGGCAGUUAGUCUACACCAGUGUCAUUCAGUGUCGUCAAAAUUCUUUUUCUAAAUAACGCGGUUUGAAAACAAAUACUUCAAAGUGUAGUAAUCCUUCAGGGCUGUUACCGCACCACUAGGCGAGUAUUACGAGCCAGCGAAAGGGACAAGCGGGGAAGGAGGUAGUUUCUUUUCUACUUGCUCGCUGUGUUUAGUUUUUAGUCUUUCCUGACAACUUUCCCAGCUCUCAACUAACCGAAAAAGGCACUGAGAGCAGUCCAGACAACUCUGUACAAAUCUCGUUUAGAGACAGUGUAAUUCCUUUAUGCAUUCUGCACUUUUUAUUUGAAAUUCUUUGCAACAAUGUGUAUCUUUUGUUGUUUUACAGGAAUCGUGAUAGAAAGCCUAAACAGAACAGGAAUUAUAAUUACGCCAAAUCUACUCCGCGUCGUUCGAGUUUUCCGCAUCGGCAGACUCUUGCGCUUCUUCCAGAAAGCUAAAGGAAUUCAAAGACUGAUUUUCUCGCUUCUCAUUUCCUUGUCUGCGCUGUUUAAUGUUGGAGCCAUACUUUUUCUCAUUAUGUUUAUAUACGCUAUCAUAGGAAUGUCCUUCUUUGGUUACGUGAAGAAGACUGGCGCAUUAAACGAUGUCGUGAAUUUUGAAACGUUUUUGAACUCUAUGCUGCUGAUCUUCCGUUUAAUGACCGCCGCGGGAUGGAACGAUGUUUUAGAUCCCUUGAUGAUCGAGCCGCCUGAUUGUGAUCCAGAUUACAAGGAUUUGUCGAACGGAAAUUGUGGAAACUACUGGGCUGCGGUCAUCUAUUUUUACAGUUUCAUAAUAAUUAUUUUUCUAGUACUCAUCAACAUGUAUGUCGCGGUAAUUCUGGAAAAUUACAACAAUGUGAUCGAGCAAGAAAAGGUUGGAAUAACAGAAGACGACAUCGAUUUGUUUUAUGAACACUGGAUUUUAUAUGAUCCUGAUAGCACUCAAUAUAUAUAUUAUGGCAAUCUAUCAGACUUUCUCCACACGUUGGAGGGGAACCUGGGUAUAAAGAAACCAAACAAGGCCGCAUGCGCGCUGCUAAAUAUACCGCUGUACGAAGACGACAAGAUUUACUGUCUGCAUUUGCUACAGGCCUUGGUGCGUAAGGUUGUCAGCGGCUACGAGGAGUUUGAUUCUGAUGAAUUCAAAGUGGUGUUAAAAAGGAUGGAAGAGAAAUUUCGGGCUGUGUUUCCCUCUGUAACACACUACCGUCAAACGAAUACCACACUGGUUAAGAUCCGCCAGAUCAGGGCAGCUCAAGUAAUCACGCGCGCCGUUAGAAGAUAUCGCGCAAGAAAACAAAGAGAGGCACUGGGUUUGAGUCAAGGAAGUGGGGAAAAGUUAAGGGUAGCGGCAAAGGAAAAACACGCAUUUGACGGAAAGACCGCGAUUCGCAGGGGAAAAAUGGGGAACCGCAUCGCCGACAUGUUGGUCCAUGGAAAUACCCUCAGUGAUUCUUUACCUAAUUUGAACAGAACGGUUGAUAAUAAAGAAAAAAGAGGUUCACUGAGUCAAAUUAUGGGGAUCAGCCAUGGUAGUACAGAAACUAUAAGAACCUUAAAUCGUAGUCUAAAAGAACCAGGAAAACACGCAGUUAGCAGUGGAAAGAGCGGAAGUCAUUUUGACGUUGUAGAUGACAAGAGUUUGAGCGAUUCGGUUCCAAAUUUGUCUAAAAGAGGCCACGAAAAGGACAAACUAGCUCUCCAGGCUUGGAAAAGAGAAACCAUUCCGAGAACACCAACUUUGAAUAGACCGCUAGUCCACGAUCGGCUAGCUGUCCUACGACAACAAAAACCAAGGUCUGCUCCCCUCAAGAAAAUUAAAAUCUUAGAACAACCUAAAAUCCAUAAGGCGGAUCCUUGA